AUGUUCUUUUGGCUCAAACCCAUCAGCUUUUACUUCCGGACUAAAGAUUUUACUUUCAAAUCUGUUGUUGUUCAAGAGGCUGAGCGUCUUGCCGGUGGGUCAUCGAGUAUGAAUGUUUUGGUGAUGGUUCUUCAUGAAGUCUCCUGUGGUGGUAACUCUGGGUUCGUUGGUGCAUUUGCUGAAUUUAUUGAGGAUAGCAAAGAAGGAGUGAUGGAUGCUACGAAUAACAGAAAACAUGAUCCAAUGGUUAUUGGUGAGAAUGUCAUUUUGGAGGGUGGUCAACAAGGUGGUGGUUUGUCAGAGGGAGUGUUGUCUAAUUCUGAGAAGAUGGUUUCUGGUGAUGAUUGUGAUUGCAGUAAGAAUCUUUUCGUUGUGGUGGUUGGGGGUCAUAGUGAUAGUGACACGACUAGACGUCUUCAAGAGUUUUUCAAGGUAGAUGUUGAGUGGUCGCAGCUUCGCCAAGAGCUCCAAAAUUAUGUUAGUGAAAAUAGAAGGUUGCAUGUAGCUGAAGGUGAGUGUCGCGCUCAUGUAUGUUUGUUUGAAGCGCACCUGUUGGAAUGGUUCUUGUUGAGAAAGAGAACUUGGAGAAGCGGUUGGCUUCAUUGGAUGCGGAGAAUGUUGCUGCUAAGAGGGAGCUGGAGAAGUUGA